GAGAGAGAGAGAGAGAGAGUGGCCGUCGCCACUGCUCUAAUACGCAUCGUUGCACGCCGCCGCUCUCAGAGAGGAAGCGAAGAGAGGAAUAGCGCGUGUUUCAGCCGUCAAGACUGCUGCCAUCUGUUUCAGGCUUUCCUUCGUCAGUAUGGACACUUCGGUAUUUCGGAAAACCACUGCUAAAGGACCGAAAUAUGGGUUAAAGAGGAAAGACCAGUAGAUCAGCACCUGGUUGGCUGACGCGUCACAUGUCCUUCUGCGAGAGUUUGGACAGAGAAGGAAAUGGCACAGGGAUCUUCAGCAGUAGACUCUGCUACCUGGUAGCCUGCUUCCUGUCCCCAUCUUCCUGCAGCUCUGACCUCCAAUGAUCUGUCCUGAUCCCUGACGCUGGGUUAAUAAGAAGCCUGGGGCUUCCUCUGGGGAAAGGUCAGGAACCAGCCAUGAAAAACGGGGAGGACAAAUGAGGAGCCUUGGAGCCACACCCACCAUGUCACAGCACAAGGGUCCUGGGCUUGACUAUUUCUCAAAGGCCUCCCAAACCUCUGAACAAGGAAAUGUUUGAGCUCAUUGCAGGUCCUCGCCGGCGUCCUUGUGUCUGUACAGUUCAGACGAGUGCCUGUGUGUUCAUUGCCAAACCCGCCACAUAUAUCUUAAUGUAUAUGGCUUGAGUUGGAAUACAGUGAUGUUGAACGCACACUGGCAAAGAUGAGCUUUUGGAACUUGCUAUAAGGGGCUCUGAAAGAUAUACGAGUAAAGCUAAUAAAUGGACAAAACAAUGUGCAACAUCUCUUUCUGCAAAGUGGACUCCAAUAUAGACCAUCUGUUCCAGCCAACGUUGUACAUCAUCGUGAUUGUCUUGGGUCUACCUACCAACUGCAUGGCGCUGUGGGCUGCCUACAUGCAGGUCAAGCAGAAGAACGAACUGGGGAUCUACCUGAUCAACCUCUCGGUCGCCGACCUCCUCUACAUUGCCACACUGCCCCUGUGGAUCGACUACUUCCUCCACCAUGACAACUGGAUCCACGGACAGGAGUCCUGCAAGCUCUUCGGCUUCAUCUUCUACACCAACAUCUACAUCAGCAUCGCCUUCCUCUGCUGCAUCUCUGUGGACCGCUACCUGGCCGUGGCCCACCCGCUCAAGUUCGCCAAGAUCCGGCGGGUCAAGACGGCCGUGCUGGUCAGCGCGGUGGUCUGGGUCAUCGAGAUCGUGGCCAACUCGGCGCCCCUCUUCCACAACGAGCUCUUCAAGGACCGCUUCAACCACACCUUCUGCUUCGAGAAGUACCCCAUGCAGGAGUGGGUGGCGGGAAUGAACCUGUACCGCAUCUUCCUGGGGUUCCUCUUCCCCUGGGUGCUCAUGAUCUUCUCCUACCGGGGCAUCCUGCGGGCCAUCCGGGGCAACAUCUCCACGGAGAAGGAGGAGAAGGCCAAGAUCAAGCGGCUGGCGCUCAGCCUGAUCAUGAUCGUGCUCUUCUGCUUCGCGCCGUACCACGUGCUCCUGCUGUCGCGCAGCGUCUUCUUCCUCGUCCGGCCCUGCGACUGCCGCUUCGAGGAGGACCUGUUCACCGCCUACCACGUCUCGCUGGCCCUCACCAGCCUCAACUGCGUGGCCGACCCCAUCCUCUACUGCUUCGUCAACGAGGGCGCGCGCAACGACGUCACCCGGGCGCUGGCGGCCCUGAUGAGCGCCGUCAGCCGCGGCCCGCCGCCCGAGCCGCUGGCCGCCAGCUCCGUCACCGUGGAGACGCCGCUCUCCACCAAGAAGCCCAGCUUUUACGAGGCCAAGCCCAGCGCGUAUAAGACUGAACUAGUGGCCCUGCGCGAGGAGUGCCUUCAGAUGACCAUACUCAGCGUUAAGAAAUGAGCGGCCUUCAACCCCAAACACGCGUCACCACUGUUCCAUUUCCCCCAGCCCUUUUCUCUUCCACUUUGCUUUGAUCCUGUGAGAACUCUGCUGCGUAUCAGGGUUAAUGGUCCCUAACAGUCUUGUGACCAUUUAGUGUACCAUUAAAAUUUUAACCUUUUUCCAGGACAGUAAAACUGUACAUGUCUGAAUGAGCUUUUGAUUCUGAGCAGUAAUGAGUUUCACCUAGAAAGCUGUUGAAAUGACAGCGACACAAGGCCUUAUUUCAUAGUUCCUUUGAGUGAAUCAGUGGCGUGCUGUUGGAAUGAGGAAGGACUUCCUGUUGUGUAUUGGUGGCUGUAAUGCUCUUCACAUUUUAAACCACUGAAAAUGAUUUGUUUAUCAAAAAUCAGAAGUGCAGCGAUGCUGGUACUUUGGUUGUGUGAAGCGUUUUUUGGGAGAGCGUGAAAUGAUGAUAGCAUUGCGUGUUAUCGCUGCAGGCUGUGCAGCACCACUCAGAGUGAUUUAUCCCCAGGCCAGGAGCGCUAGCUGACCUUUAGAUGCCUGACCUGGCCGUGGGAGGGAAGGGCACAUAACUGAGUCUCAGCUCCUUUCAUCUGACACGUUUACAGUUUCUCUUUAGAUACCCUACAAUGCCUUUUAACAGAUCCGAAAUCAUGAAUGUCUUUGGUUUUCCAGGGAUUAUAAAAGCACAGAUCAUAUCACAGGCAAUCACUGUUAAAGCGAUGUAAUGGACAAAUAAAUUAUUAUUCCUGUCAGUCACUGUAGUUCCUGUGGUCUGGAGUGAGUGUCUGAGAGAUCCUGGGGAAAAUGGCAGCUGGGACGGGUCCCUGGGGGUCAGGACGCUGGCCGCGCAGCGGAGACAAGCGCGUCACGUUCAGCGGGAGCCGGAAAAGCUGCCGUCCCGCGAUUCCCCCGGGGACAGAGAGCGCACAUCCACCCGCGACCGCGAUUCCCCCGGGGACAGAGAGCUCACAUCCACCCACAACCUCCCAGCCCUGAUUCCCCCGGGGACAGAGAGCGCACAUCCACCCGCGACCUUCGUCCCAAGAUUCCCCCGGGGACAGAGAGCGCACAUCCACCCGCGGCCUCCCAGCCCGAUUCCCCCGGGGACAGAGCUCACAUCCACCCGCAACCUCCCAGCCCCGAUUCCCCCGGGGACAGAGCUCACAUCCACCUGCAGCCCCGAUUUCCCCGGGGACAGAGAGUGCACAUCCACCCGCGGCCUCCCAGCCCGAUUCCCCCGGGGACAGAGAGCGCACAUCCACCCGCGACCUCCCAGCCCUGAUUCCCCCGGGGACAGAGAGCGCACAUCCACCCGCGACCGCGAUUCCCCCGGGGGACAGAGAGCACACAUCCACCUGCGACCUCCCAGCCGAGAGACCGGGCGGCGCGUGGGACGAGCACGCACGCCCGCAUGGCAUGAUCCGCAGCGGAAAUGCGGCCUGCUCUCCCCCCCGCCCGCGUGCGUUAGGCUGCGUACCCUGCUCACACGCAGCAGCGGGAAUUACACAUCCACCUCUAAUCAGAAGCAGAAGCUAUUUAUGCCAACUGUGGAAAACUGAGGAACAAACUGCUUUUUCUACCAAGUUGAUUACAUGCACAUGGUCUCAAUUUCCCGUUGAUUGUUGUCUCUUUAUGUACGUGUAUUCGAAAGGCAGAUUUAGUGUUCAUUUUCAUAUUCCAAAUGUCCACGUAUUUUCUGGAACUUAUUACCAAAAGAAUGAAAUCACUUGGUGUUCUCAUUCUCUGAAAGCAAAUUAGUCCCGCUGAAAUUUCAUGGGUCACAAACACACAGAAGAAAUGGUCCAACUAAAAGAAGGUUCUUUUGUAUAAUAAAGUAUGAAAUAUUUUUGUAGAGUAAUGAAUGAUGCAGAUGUUGACAUUUUAUUCCAUAGGGUUACUGCCCAUCUACAGAUGGUAUUCAAAAACUAAAUAUUCAUGAACAGUAUAAUUUGCCUUACAUAAGUCUAAGUAAAUUAUGCAUAGUUUAUCUGUAGUUAUUUAUGGACAUGGGUAAAGAAAGAAAAUACUGUUUAUAAUUAUAUUCUGCUGUUGUCAAGGCUACAAUAAACACAGGCUUUUUUC